UUCUCGUGGGAUACAGACAGACCGCUAUUCUUAGAGCCCAGAGCCAGAGCCGAAAAACGGUGCCCUUAUAAAAAGAAGUGUGGAGACACAAGGACGCACAAGUCAAGGUGAAGCGCCGGGUGAACGGGACUGUUUGGAUGAGAGCGCAGCACUUUUGGACCACCGAGUGAGCAACUCCUUGGCGGCAUUCAGACCUCAUCAUCCUCUCCGAGGGCCAUGUUAUGGGCAUCUGAGAGAAAACCUCACAUAGAGAACAGCAUGAAGGCGACAGUCCUGCUUUUAAUCUGCUCCACGCUCUUCUCAGGGGUUGUGGGGAAGCCACUGUUUCCAGAGCAAGAAAAAGAUCCAAAGUUUUGGAAUGCGUGGGCUCAAAAGACUCUGAAGAACGCUCUGACACUGCAAGACCUCAACAAAAAACAAGCAAAGAAUCUUAUCCUGUUCCUCGGAGAUGGCAUGGGUGUUCCUACUGUGACAGCGGCUCGGAUUCUAAAAGGCCAGCUCAGUGGACAGAGUGGAGAGGAGACUGUGCUGGAAAUGGACAAGUUCCCCUUUUUAUCUCUGGCUAAGACUUAUAACACCAAUGCCCAGGUGCCUGACAGCGCGGGGACCGCCACAGCAUACCUGUGUGGAGUCAAAGCCAAUGAGGGAACUGUCGGAGUGAGUGCCGCUGCUGUCCGCUCCCAAUGCAAUACAACAGAGGGCAAUGAGGUCACAUCUAUUCUCAAAUGGGCCAAGGAUGCAGGGAAGUCAGUGGGAAUCGUGACAACGACUCGCGUUAACCAUGCCACCCCCAGUGCUGCGUAUGCACACUCUGUGGACAGAGACUGGUACUCGGACAAUGAGAUGCCUGCUGAAGCUCUGCAGGCCGGUUGCAAGGAUAUUGCCAGACAACUGUUUGAAAACAUUCCCAACAUUGAUGUUGUCAUGGGGGGAGGACGGAAAUAUAUGUUCCCCAAAAACCAGUCCGAUGUUGAAUACCCCAAUAUUGCAAAGCACAGUGGCACACGGAAAGAUGGCAGAAACCUGGUGCAAGAGUGGAUCGACAAAAUGCAGAGCAAGAGAGGCCAUUAUGUAUGGAACAAGAAUCAACUCUUAUCACUAAACCCUAACAACGUGGAAUACCUACUGGGUCUGUUUGAACCUGGGGAUUUGACAUAUGACUUGGAGAGGAACACAGAGACUGAUCCCUCACUCACAGAAAUGGUGGAAGUGGCAAUCAAAAUCCUGAAGAAAAACCCAAAUGGAUUUUACCUGCUUGUGGAAGGAGGGCGUAUUGACCAUGGACAUCAUGAGGGAAAGGCCAAACAAGCUCUACAUGAGGCAGUGGAAAUGGACCGUGCGAUUGGCAGAGCUGAUCUACUGACCAGCAUCCACGACACUCUGACUGUCGUUACUGCAGACCACUCUCACGUCUUCAACUUUGGAGGCUACACUACAAGAGGAAACACAAUCUUUGGUCUGGCUCCCAUGGUCAGUGAUAUUGAUCAGAAGCCUUUCACCUCCAUCUUGUACGGGAAUGGACCGGGUUAUAAAAUCGUGAAUGGUGCAAGAGAAAAUGUCUCCACUAUUGACUACCAGGAGAAUAACUACCAAGCUCAGGCAGCUGUCCCUUUGAGUAUGGAGACCCACGGAGGGGAGGAUGUAGCAGUGUUCGCUAAAGGUCCUCUGGCUCACCUGCUCCACGGAGUCCAUGAGCAGAACUACAUUCCCCAUGUCAUGGCAUAUGCUGCCUGUAUCGGCCAAAACAGGGAACACUGUUUGAAGGAAAGUGGAGCCGGACAUUUGCACUCCACCUUUGGCAGUGUAAUAUCCAUACUCACAAUUAGUCGGCUGAUUUGCUGACCCUUGUUCUUAAAAGUUAUUUUAAAUCCCACGUUUAACAAGGCAUACUUUUUUAAAAUCAUGUAUAUGUUGUUUAAUUUGUUACACAGAUUAUGUGCUAUCUAUUCUAGUUACUGCACUUUGAAGGCAACAAUGCAUAUGUAACAUAUAUAGUACAAAAUAUUCUGUCUAUUCAUUAGUUUUUUGGAUUAUAAUGAAGAUAUCAUGUUGGCACCAGAUUUGAUUGUUUUGUUAACAGAAUCUACCUCAUUUGAUCUAAAAAAGGAACAA